AUGGAAGAAACAUUGAAUCCAAGGAGAGUUGGUUCGACUUAUGAUGGGGCUGAGCAUAAGAGGCGGCGUGAGUUGUAUCUAAAGCAAGACCUUGCCAGAGGAAAGCAGAAGCGGGGCACACCACCAACACUUACACAUUUGAACACCUCUAGGUCGAACAUAUUGAUGGAAAUCAAAGAUAUGAAGGAGUUCAAGUGGCCACCGAGGUUGAGGUCUCCCCCUGAGACCAGGGACAAGAACAAGUAUUGUGACUACCAUCGUGACCAUGGUCAUACUACAGAGGAUUGCAUUACAUUGCAACGUGAGAUUGAAGCUUUGAUAAAAAGAGGAUUCCUAAAGGAGUAUAUCAGGCAUGACAAGCAUCUCAGGAAUGAUCGCAACAAUGGGAAGACCACAGAAUCUGGGGGAGGUAGCCAACCAACAGCAGGUACCAUCAACCUUAUAAUCGGGGGGAUUGCCUCGAGAGAAGAUUCAAAUAGUGGCCACAAACAAUAUGCCCAACGACACAAUUCCAUACAAAUGACAGCUCCCAACGACAUGAAAGAUAUCACAUUUGGAUCGAAGGACUUAGAAGACAUAUCAUACCCCCAUGACGAUGCCUUGGUCAUAUCUGCCAUCAUCACCAAUUUUGAAGUAAGGAGGGUCUUGGUUGACAAUGGAAGUGCGGCCAAUGUAUUGUCCCAAGAGGCCUUCAUGAAGAUGGGUAUUUCUGUUAACCAGUUCAAGACAGUCAAAACACUGCUCCAGGGAUUUGGGGGUGGAAUAAUCAUCCCAGAAGGAAUCGUUGAUCUUCCCUUAACAUUGGGCUCAGGGCAAAAGCAGGUGACAGAAUUCACUCCCUUUCAUGUAGUCCAUGCUUCGAUGGCCUACAGUGCCAUCAUCGGGAGACCACUGCUCAAUAAAAUCAGGGCCAUUGUAUCCACCUUCCAUCUUGUUAUGAAGUUUCCAAUAAGUGACGGCAUAGGGAUUGUGCGUGGAGAUCAGAAAGUAGCAAGGCAGUGCUAUGUUACUUGUGUUCGGGGAAUGAGCACUGAUGUCAUGCAAAUAUCGACCCCUGAGCUCGAGCUCGAGAACCAGCAAAAAUUUGUCCCAGGAGAAGAACUGAUAGAGGUCGGGGUUGAGCAUAGCGAAGAUUGA